AUGGUUAUAAUAGUGACAUCAGUACUGGUUUCUUUGAAAUAUGGAGUUGAAGGGCGAGAAAUAGGCAAAGAUGUAAAACAUGAUGAAUCUGAAGGAUUAGGAGAAGAUGGACGUGAGGACGGAGGAGAAGAAAAAGAGGAUGUCAAAUGUGAUGAUUUUGGCGCUAAUCGCGGCGAAUUUGGCGGUGAUUGA